AUGGAUAUCAUAUCCAUCGUUUUCUUCUCCUUUUCCAAACGAGUUAUUCUUCGUUCAAUACCGAAAUCUCUUUUAAUUCCGGUCGCUUGCGGAAAACCCCCACAAAACUUAACUGACCCAAAUUUUCGAGUGAAUUGGAUUGAUCUUGCUAAUAAAACUGUAUCAUUGGUGAACAGUAACCAUAAUCCUCACGAUCAAAUGAAAUGGGUUGGCCCAGUUGUUCCUUUAAUCUGCAUCGAUGAUGAUAAAUUUUAA